AUGGCUUUCAAUUUACGUAUCUUACUUUGUAUCAUAAGCUUAUGUGGUUGUAACAUAACAUGUGCAAAAAAAUCUUCAGCUAAUGAAUACUCGACAGAAGACGAACUGUUUCCCAUCUACGAGUGUGACGAACGAAGCCGGGACUGGACUAUUCGUUGUCUUGUACCUUUGACAAAUGCACAAAUGUCUGUCGAUCUAUGCAAAACCGGUGAGGAUCCCGACCAGCAGUUUCUCAUACGCUGCGCUAAGGACCUACAAAUCCUCGGCCAGUCUUGUCCGCAACCAGGGCCUGUGGUAGAUAUAGCUAAAAAUAUGCAGGUUCACAAACCACCACCUAUGACGUACGAUUCGCCAAACAUGCCAAAGGUUGCAAGACAAGCAGCUGGGAGGAAUAAAAAAGAUAAAUUUUCUUUGUGA